UUGUUGUCAUGGCGGCGAUUCAAAUGUUUGCCAAGCUUGGACUAAAAAUUAAAUCGUUAACCAUGUGCUUUACUUUAAUUAACAGUCUUUUGGCCACGCUACGUGCGUAACUAAUUAAUAAUUUCGAUACGAACAGAAAAAAGUCGUUGCAGGCUAUGGUCGAAUGGAUUAUGUCGGGAUUAACUUGAUGUUUGCAAACUUCAAUUCAAAAGCGCAGUUAGCUUGCUAAUGCUAACUCGUUAUUAUAUGCGCUAUGCAUCAAUAAUUGUUUGCUAUUGUGACUGAAUUUGGCGGUUGCUGUUCCUCUAAUGUCUGCCCACACAUCCGUGGUACAGCAAAGUCAAGGGAAAGACUGGGUUGCUUUAGAUUCAACUCGAAACGUCCACAGCGAUUUAACUACAGGGAUGUCCCACACCAAGCUAUUGUUCAAUGAAGCCGUCCCUGCAAGUACCAGCAACCGUGCCACUUAUGUACGCCCGCCAGCCCCCAUUGUGAUAGAGAGGCUGCUGCCACUGCCAGAGGAGAAUGAGAAAGUGGACAGCACCAGAAGCUCCAUCAGCUUCACCACUCUCUCUGAGGAGAGACUGCGGGCUGCAGUUCAGCUGGCCAAGCGAGAUCUGAGACGAAGACGACUUGAGUCACUGACAAAAUCCCCUGCCAAACCCUCUCAAGAGGCCUCCCUCCUGGAAACAAGUGAUGUAGAGCUGCUUCAGGAGCUUGCAGCCUCUCCAGAUAAGACCAAGGUAAAGACCUCCAGUCCAAAAGUAAAAGCAACCCGACCUGGAGCCAAAAGGUCGGUGCACACACCCCAGAAGCGUCCUAUUUCUCCCAUGCCUCGGAUUGGCCAGUCACCCCCGACCAGAGAUCCUGGCCUAAGGCAGUCUGAAGGAGGCAAACAGGCUCCCUUAAGCCAGGAGAUCUGCAAGCUGCAAAAUGAGCUGGAGGUGUAUAUUAAGAAAGUAGAAGAGCUAGCCAACAGAGGAGAGAAAAUAGAGGAGCCACUGGAUCCUGAAGAGCAAAACAGGUUGGAGAUGCGCCGAGAGAAGCAGGCAGCCCGCUCAGCACGUGUCAUCUAUGUUCUCCAACAACAGGUGAAAGAGAUACAAGAGGAUAUAGAGAAACUAAAAAGCCAGAAAAUGUGGGACACCAAAAAGUCCAUGGCAAUAAACAGGCUUGCAGCUGCCCACCGUGGAACUCUGAGGGCCUUACAGGUUGUUAUCCACCAGCUUUCAGAUCUAUCUCAUGGCAAGGUACCCCCAUAUUACAAAGAGCUGGGCCAGCUGAUUCGCCAGCUCUCUUUGUGCUCAGCCAAGGUUGAAGUAGAACAGGGUUCAGCUGUGCCUGAGACGGCUCUCAACAUCCUGCAGAAACUAGAGACUUUGGAUUCUGCCCUCAGUAAACAAGAGCUGCUCAAAAAGAUGCAGGCCCCAGCAUGUCCUCCACACAGGAGGUCUCCUCAUCGCAGCAUGUCACCUAUUGGUGCACCCAAGGGUCCUGGCACCUCAAAUGUUCAAGGGCCUUGCAAACCGGGAAACCCCAAAAGAGGUGCCCGUGGUGCAGGUAAGAGAACGGCUUCACAGAGGCCCAAAACUACUUUUCACCAGCUCAUGAACCGAAAAGAGGUGCUCAGGGCUGGCCUGGAGAGCCUCGCCCAGAGGGAAAGAGAGCUGCUGGGACGACUUCAGGCAAACACCAGCUGCAGAGAAGGAGGAGUUCAACGCCCUGAGAGAAGGAAGGCAAACAUCAUAAUGAAGCGUAACCAGAGACCAGCAGGUUUCCAGCAGCCCACAGUCUCCUCUCAGCUCAGAGUGAACCAGCUCACCCAGAAAGAGCCCUCUGUGCCCUGGAUACCUACAUCUCCUCACUCUCCUCCUCCACAGCGAUCCCCUCAAAGGAGAAGACCAGAGCCUCGAUGUCUUUUCUCUCCCGUGAAGCCGUCGCCCAGCCCUCCAAGGCAGACGGUGGCCGGUGGUUUGGUAGCACAGUCGGGGUUGAGCUCAGAAAGGAAGAAACAAGCUCAGAAUGAAGCAUUAAGGAACGCCUGGCUGGAUAAGACGACGAUGCAGAGGCUGAAAGAGCUCAACCAGCUGAGUAAAGAAGAGACUGAACGCAUUAAGACAUUAAGGUCAGAAGUUGUCCCGCCAACUCGAUGGGCUGAGAGGGCUGAGCAGGAGGCCAGAGAGAGAAUUCAGCCCCUUCUGGAUGAAGCACAGCAGAUUGGUGAGUCCAGGAACAGGGUCAGCUCCUCGCUGAGGAAUCGGCUGUCUGAGCAGGCUGCAGAGAGGGCAGCAGAAAGUGCUGAGCAGCUGAGUGAGGCACUCCUUGAAGAUCUGCUGGAGGACACUGCACGGGCGGCGUGGGCGGCUGAGGCAGACAGACAGUUGGAGGGCAUUGCUCAGUGUAGGCUGGAGGCCCCCACCCUGGAGAGUAUGCUGCUUCGUAUGGAGGAGAUACAGAGAGAUCAGGAGGAAGUGAGGAGACGGUUUGCUUCUAUCACCUAUUCAGACCCUCUUUACUGGGACCGACCAGGAACAGCAGGACCCCAGUGCCAUGCCACGGGCUCUGGGCCAGCCUCUCCUCAGCCAAUUAGGCUCACAAGGCCAGUGCUGAGGCAGACCUCUGCAGCUGACAUUGUCCUAGAGAAACCUGUGGAGACUGGACACAGCGUCCUCUCUGAGAACAGCCUGACAGAGGAGGCAUCCCAAGAUGAAGCGCAGCCCAGACACAGCACCGUGUUCCCAGGCCCAGUGGAGAGGAGCAAGAGGACUGUUAUCUCUGUACCAGGCAGCAUGCUGAGAAACAUCCGGCGGUACUGCGAAGACUACGAGGCCUACCUGCGUGUUGUGGCUCAUGAGGCUGUCGGCAGCUUCAACCCCUGGGCCAUCGCAGAUGGCCUGGCAGAUGAUUUGCUGUCAGAGGCCCUGGCUGACGUGGCAGCAGAGUUUCAGGAUGUUGUGGAGGAGUACGCCGAGGCCGUCUUCACCUCAGAGUUUCUUCAGCCAGUCCAGUCGCCUCCUGCUUCAGCUGCAGCUUUGGUCAGCCAAUAGGGUGUUACAGCAUCAUGGACAGUUCGCUCUAAAUAUUGUGUAUUUAUUUUAGCAGAAAAUCUGCAUCUACAGACUUUAAGCACAAAGCAUGGGUUUCAUUUUGGAAUGAAACUCUUACAUGUCUGUACUCAUGUUGUUUAUUUACAAAGAUCUAUAUUUAAUUGGGAUUGCAGAUAUUUUUUUAAUGGAGCUGCAGCAGAUGAGAGUGUUGAAUUGCACAGGGAGCAUUAGUCACAUUACUCUUUACGGUCCAUCUGUAUCUGUGAUUGAAUUCUGCUGGGAAAGUUAGUUUAGUUUAGAUAAGCUUGGAGAGACCAUUACGACAUUACAGAGGAUUAUAAGAUUACCACCCUCCCUUUGCACUUGGUUUAAAUCUCCCUGAGGAUUACUCACACUUUCUAUUCUCUCGUUGGAAUAUGGAAAUAAAUUAAUUGCAUAUGGUCUCCACCAAAAUAACAUUGGAAGCUCAGGGCAUCAUGUGUUUAAUCUGUUGUGACUUGAUUUCCUCUUUUGCAUAUAAUGUGUAAAUAAAGGGUCUAAAUGCA